GUUACUUUUGGCCAGCAAGGCCUGAAACAGAUUUUUCGUGUCGACCCGCAAAAAAUCCCAGGUGGACAGGAGAGAGCGCCAGAGGGCAACCAUGCCUUCACCUUCCCCGACCUCGAACUGAAUUUCAAAUCUCAGAGCCCAAAACACCAAAUUUUUUUAAAAAAAAAACCGCAAAUCAAAAUUAAAUGAAAACCCGAUAAAAAUAGACCUCGACGACGAAGAAAUUUUAAAUCAUUCACAGUCAUUUUGGCUUAUCUGAUUGAUUCUCUGGUGGAGUUUUUUUGUUCUACUCUUUAUGGGUGCUCCAAAGCAGAAAUGGACAGCAGAAGAAGAAGCAGCCCUUAAAGCUGGAGUUGUUAAACAUGGGGCAGGAAAGUGGCGAACCAUACUUAAAGAUCCAGAAUAUAGCGGCGUCCUGUAUUCUCGUUCAAAUGUAGAUCUUAAGGAUAAGUGGAGAAAUAUGAGUGUCAUGGCAAAUGGAUGGGGCUCCCGAGAGAAGGCUAAGACAGCAGUUAGAAGAAUGCAUCCGGUCCCUAAACAGGAAGAAAACUCUAUGGCUCUCAGUACUGUUGUUCAAAGCGAUGAAGAUGUCAUGGAUGCUAAGCCUAUUGCAUUUUCCAGUGAUACACAGCAAACUUCUGGUCCAAAAAGAUCCAUUGUGAGGCUGGACAAUCUUAUCACGGAAGCUAUAACUAGCUUGAAGGAGCCUGGUGGUUCUAAUAAAACGGCUAUUGCAGCAUAUAUAGAGGAACAAUAUUGGGCUCCUCCAGACUUCAAGAGGCUAUUGUCUGCGAAAUUAAAAUACUUGACGUCAAGCCGUAAACUGAUUAAGGUAAAACGCAGAUACAGGAUUGCACCUACUCCAGCGUUUUCUGAAAAAAGAAGAAAUUCCUCAAUGUAUCCCUUCGAGGGAAGACAGAUGGUUUCUCCAAAAUUCGAUAAGGAUGAUGCCACCAUGCUUAUGAAAGCGCAGAUUGAUUUAGAGCUUGCAAAGAUGAGGACGAUGACCCCACGAGAGGCUGCUGCAGCUGCUGCUCGAGCAGUUGAAGAAGCCGAAGCUGCCAUUGCAGAAGCUGAGGAGGCAGCUCGGGAAGCUGAGGCUGCAGAAGCUGAUGCUGAUGCGGCACAGGCGUUUGCAGAAGCAGCAAUGAAGACACUAAAAGGAAGAAAUUCCGCGAAGAUGAUGAAUCGACCUUGAUUGUUCAGAAAAGGCUAUAGCUAUGAACCAGAAGUUUCUCGGGAUCGACACAUUGUUUUAUUGUAAUUUGUAGAUUAUGUCAAGGCCGUUUUGGCAGUGCGAGAUAGAUUCCAAAUUCGCCUCAACUGGUCGACACAGGUGGAUUCUUAGUUUGUAUGUUGAUUAGCUUCAUUGUAGACAGUAAGUAUUGAGACCCCAUCUGGUUCUUGGUUGUAGUUCAUUUCCUUUUAGAAAUUUCAAAUGCAGAAACUAGAACUCAUAGCGGGAUAGAAAAGUUUUUAGUUUUAACUGGAUGUAUGUUUUGUAAUUGUCUUAUUUUGAUUUGUUUUUCUGGGCCUUCAAGAUAGAAGUGGAGGUAGCUGUCAUUAGUUGAGUUAGUUAAUUUAUACAGCAACAUGUAUAUGCUUUGGAUCAAACUGUUCACUUUGACCCAAUGACAGUUUUGCCCCCUUCGUUUUGAGCUUCUAUGUAAAUUGUGUCUGCCGGAAAUGGACAGUUGGAACUUGGAAUAUAUAUGGCAUUUAUUUUA